AUGUAUGAGAAAUACGGGAUAUUUUGGUGGGAAGAAGUAGACGAAAUUGAUGAAGAGAAUGAGGUUGAAAGAAAUGAGAAUGAAGAAGAUAAUAGUGAAAAUGAAGAGAAUGAAGAGGACGAAGGAGAGGAGAAUGGAGAAAGGAAUGAAAAUAACAAUAAUUAUGAUGAGAAUAAUGAGAAUGAAAAUGAAGAGAAUGAGGAAAGGAAUAGUAGUGAUGAAAACAAAGAGAAUGAAGAAAGAAAUAGUAGUGAUGAAAACGAAGAGAAUGAGAAAAGAGAUAGUAGUGAUGAAAAUAAAGAGAAUGAGGAAAGGGAUAGUAGUGAUGAAAAUGAAGAGAAUGAGAAAAGAGAUAGUAGUAAUGAGAAUAUGUUACUAUAA